UUGUAAAUAAACGAAUGACAGAGACGCUGGUGAUAGUGAAAUUGCUACCAAAAUAUUUGAUCAAUACGAAAUCAAAUUACUCGACUGUCUAUUAAGGCUGUUGUGGCUAAGUUGAUGUCAGUCCUACCCGCCAGUUUGCUGCCAGACACGAGAGUCAGACUGUAUCGUGCCACUCGGGUAGCUUGUGGCCAAUGCCACAGGCUCGACCUGCCGAGAGAAGUGGACUAUCAACCUCGAAAAGAGCAGGCAAGUUGGCCUCGACAGAGCGUCCUGUCCUCUCGUGGCUGUUCGACUGAAGAAGGGGUGCCUGUAGAUUCACCAUCAGAAAAAAGUUGGCAUGUCGGAGUUAAAUAAAGACGUGGUGGAUUUGGUUUGGGGGAGACCCUCCAGUGGAGGAGUGUCUGCCUCCAUAUUCCGAAGAUGGACCCAAGGGUUUGUUUUUAGUGAGAAUGAGCACACAGCUCUGGAGCAGUUCGAAGGAGGCCCAUGUGCUGUCAUUGCACCUGUUCAGGCUUUCCUCUUAAAGAACAUUCUCUUCAGCAGAGAAAGUUCUAGCUGGAGACAGAUGUCAGAGGAGGAACAGAAAACAGCGUUGUGUUCCACUCUGAGUGAAAUCUUGGAGUCUGCCAGUUCCAGCCCCUCCACGGGGUUCUGCCUGGUGAUCUGGGCCAAGGGACAGAGCCCGCAUACUAGCACAAAUACAAACUCACAGACACAGUCACAGUCACCAACACAGGACAUGCCAGAGCCAGAGAGCAGCCAGACGCCACAGGAACAGCAACCCACUGCUUUGGCUGCUGAGGAUCUUGGCUUUGAGCGAUUUCACAGUGUUCUCCAUAAGCGGACCGUAAUGUCAGUUUCUGGUCUGAGAGAGGAGGUGCUGUCUCUCUACCACACCUGGAGGGGGAGCUGUGGAGUCUUGCUUUUCCUGUACUCUGUUAUUCUCACUAAGGGCAUAGAGAACAUAAGAAAUGAGAUCCAGGACACAAUGGAGCCUCUCAUAGACCCUGUGCAUGGCCAUGGCAGUCAGAGCCUGGUGAACCUCCUGGUAACUGGCCACGCUGUCUCUAACGUCUGGGAUGGAGACAGGGAGUGCUCUGGCAUGAAACUGCAUGGUAUUCAUAAACAGGCAUCAGUUGGCUUCCUCACACUUAUGGAAUCACUACGCUACUGCAAGGUCGGGGCAUUCCUCAAGUCUCCAAAGUUCCCUAUUUGGAUCCUUGGCAGUGAAACGCACCUAUCUGUCUUUUUCACUAAGGAGAUGUCCCUGGUCGGUCCAGAGUCUCCAUCAGAACAAGCAAGGAGGGUCUUCCAGUCCUUUGAUCCUGAAGAUAAUGGCUUCAUCCCAGAAUCUCUGCUGGAGGACGUGAUGAAAGCCCUUGACCUUGUCUCUGAGCCCGAGUACGUCAGUCUGGUGAAGACUAAACUGGAUCCGGAGAGUUUGGGCAUAAUUCUUCUUGGCCCGUUUCUGUUGGAGUUUUUCCCUGAUCAGGAUUCAGGAAUCCCAGACUCGUUUCCCAUCUACCACUACAAUGGACUGAAACAGUCCAACCACAACGAGAGGGUGGAGUAUGUUGAAGGGACGGCUUUGGUGCUGGGCUUCGAGGACCCCAUGGUUCGGACAGACGACACUCCAGUCAAGCGCUGCCUACAGACCAAAUGGCCCUACAUCGAGCUGCUGUGGACCACUGACCGCUCCCCGUCACUGAACUAGCACUGACAGAGCAUGUGUGUGCGUGUGUGUGUAUGUGGAUGGACCACUACUUCUCCACAUACACACACACACACACACACACCCCUCUCUGGCUUCCUGUCUACACACUGACCCUGUAAGGUCAGCAGAUUACGACAACUGACACGUAUGUGACGACGACAGCGAAUGAGAAAAAACACAAACGCACAGGAGAAAUUGAGACAAACACGUUCAUGGACUAAACAGUCAUGCCUGAGAUCCACCCUGUCAUUCUCACUCACACAUUCCACAAAAACGCAAACUCACCUUUUACAGUUCAUGCUAUUGUCUGUUCACCAUAGCUUGUAAUUGACAUGCAGGAUGUUGAUGUGAUUAUUUAAAAAAGGAAAAAAAAAACUGAACGACUGUUUAUUUUUUACAGCUCUGCACCCCUGCUACAGUUAAGCAGUAGACAGCUAGACACUGUUAAGAGAGGAAAACUAGUUUGGUUGAGUGACUCGAGUGUGUCACCAAAUCACAUUCUGAACCACGUGUGCAGCCAGUCGACUGUGAAACACUACUGUUAAUCCAGCUAUAGGACUGUUUGAGGGAAAACCUACCAAAGCCUUUCACAUAUGAGAACACACACACUCACAAACACACACUAUCACACCCACUUCACAGCGUUUACAGUGUAAAGGGACCAACCCAGUCACAGAGAGCUGGAGAUCUGAACAGGUUUCUUCUGCGUUUUCACCAAGAUGAAUCUGAUUUAGGUGCUUUGUGUGUGCGUGUGUGUGCUUCAUGCACCACACUAGGAUGGUUGGCCAAGUGCUCAUGUAUUUAUUACCACACUCUAAGGUUCUGGAAUAAACACUUUUUUUGUUCAAA